UGUGCAUGCUGCAAGGGUAAUAUUUUUGUCUGAUUAUUGUCUCGUAUUUGCCAUCGUGGAGGUUCGUUUCGCCAUUUCGGACAGUUUCACAGUGAAUUGAAAAUGGCUGAUGAAGAUAAAGGUCUUGUGGCAGGACGUCCACCAGCAGUCAAGGCCGGUGGUAUGCGCAUCGUGCAGCACAAGACUCCAAGUACUGAGAGGCCAGCGAAAGAUCCUGUUGAAGUCAUCGGUCUAUCGAAUCCAGCGCCAAAUGUAAACACUGGCGAAGUCGUGCAGAGUUCCUCGGCCAGCAAACACAGCGAGCACUCGGUGGAGGCUAGUCAAGUUGCCCAUGCCCAGAAACCUGUGGUACAGAUUCCUCCGCGACCAGUCAACCACAUUCAGCAACCUCGGAAGUGUUGAGUGAAUGAGUGAGAUACUGAUGGUGCUGCCCGUACCUUAUUAUUAAACUCGAUUAUUCUACAUUGCGGUGGAUCGCCUGUUCGAAGGAGAAUGGUAUGCAUGGUUGAUUGAACUGUUGUCAUACACUUUCAUUCGAAUAUGAGAUUCGCAGUAAUGUAUAAAAAUGGUGUAUCCCUUCAAAACGUUAUUUUGUAUCGUUGAUAGAUUUGCUUUACUUCUGAUGUGAUCAGAAGGUUACACGGAAUAGACCGGCGCGUGCAUUUGUGCUUAUAUAUAGCAAACCCUGCAGGAAUCUGGCGCUUGCAUCAACUAAUUUGUUUUAAAAACUUUUUCUAUCGGUUUUGGGAUUAGUAUACAUACGUUAUCGUUUUAUUAUUAACGGUAAGAUAUGUGCUUAAACACGUAUUCAAUUCGUGUACGUGUAACCGUUUUUAUUAAAACUAACUCUAAUGUAAUGUUAUCUAUUAUAACGUUCGGAAUUAUUUGAAGUCAAGAAAUAAAUUUUUAUGGUCAUUGUAUAAUUACAUAAUAAAAAAGUAAAUGCUACUGAUAAUCAUGUCUUUAAAUA